AGACAUCCUAGUUGAAUCAAGUGGAAAAGGUAAUUUUUGAAACGAAUGCUUUCACACCCUGAAUAAUCCACAUUCAUUCCACCGUUCAUAUACACAUUGUAUUCAAGGCUUGUGGCUGUUGUUCUACCACCUUUUCUCCCUCUCUCUUUCUCUCUAUUGUCUGUCUCUCCUUUGUUUUGUUUCAUCACAUAUCCACUCUCUCUUUUUUUAGUUUUAUUCUUGAAUUACUCUUCAUUCCAUAAUUCACACGCCUCUUAGUAACAACGAUUUGUUUAUCUCCUGCUUUGGAAUCAGAUGUCAGGAUUGCAAUUAACCGAUUUCGUCAAACGCCCCGCCACGGGUAAGCUUGGCAGACCUAUCACCGUCCGUGCUAACUUCUUCGAAGUUACCAAACUGCCAAAUGUUACAGUGUACCACUACGAUGUAACUGUGACCCCCGAAGUGCCUCCGCCUGUCAACAGAAAGCUUUACGAUCAAUUUAUCAACACGUACGGCAACACAGACCUUGGUGGCGCUCGUCCCGUUUAUGAUGGCCGAAAGAGCUUGUUCUCUCCCAAGGACUUGAACUUCGAUAGUCGCACUUUCGAUGUGACCCUUGCAGGUGAUGUUAUCCCAAACUCUAAGAGGCAAAUCCCUGUUUUCAAGUUCAAGGUUAAGAAGGUUGCGACCAUCAAUCUUGAGGAGUUGCACCGGUUUCUCCAAAGCAAGUCUGCUAUGACCAACAACAUUCUUACGGGUAUCAUGGCCUUGGACGUCCUGAUUCGUCACAAGCCAUCGCUGCUUUACGCCACUGUUGGCCGUUCUUUUUUCACGCCAGAUGGAAAGCAGCCCUUGGCCGGUAUAUUGGAUGUUUGGCGCGGCUUCUACCAGUCGGCCCGACCUACAGCGGGCAAGAUGAUGAUUAAUUUGGAUGUGUCUGCGACGGCAUUCUUCCAGUCUGGCUCGCUUAUCGAGAUCGUUAUCAAGGCUUUAAACCUCCGUAGUCCAAGUGACCUUAAUCGCACUUCGCCUCCUCUCAACUGGGCAAAGGUUGAGAAGUUGAUCAAAGGACUUCGUGUCACUGUAAACCAUCGCGAGCGUUCUAAGCGUUCGUUCAAAAUCUUUAAGCUGACACAAACGUCAGCAAGACAAACAAAGUUUACGAUUGACUCUGAGGAUCCGAACGUCAAGCCCAUCGAAACUACCAUUGAGAAAUAUUUCCAACAAACAUAUGACAAGAGGCUGCAGUACCCAAACUUGCCUUGUGUUCUGGUUGGUAAGACCAGCAUGCUGCCCUUGGAAGUAUGCUCGGUUGUAGAGGGACAACGGUACAUGAAAAAGCUGGAUGAGAAGCAGACAGCUGACAUGAUCAAAUUCACCUGCCAGCCUCCCCACGUUCGUGCUAACAUCAUCAAGGACGGCCUAAGGAUCCUCAAUUAUAACAACAACGAAUUCUUGCAAGAUUUCGGCAUGAAGAUCUCAUCUGAGAUGGUUACAGUCAGAGCUCGUACUCUUCCUGCACCCACUAUUUCUUACCAUCCCACCUCCCAGGAGGCAAACUUCGUUCCCAGGGACGGUGCCUGGAAUCUUCGUGGCAAGAAGGUUGCUAGAGGAACUACCCUUGGUUCCUGGGGUGUUAUUGUCUUUGGUUCGGAGCGUGACAUUCCUCAACCACAACUAAAUGCUUUCAUUCGAGAGCUGAUCACUACGUGCACAGAUACGGGCAUGACUAUUCCUAACAAAAGCCCCCCAAUCCUUUACGCUAAUCCCCAUGGCAACAUUGAGGGUUCCCUCAGACAAGUCUGGCAACGUGCUGGUAACCUUGUCAAGAGUCAGCCCCAACUAAUUCUCUGUGUUCUCCCUACGACUGGGGUGCCCCUCUAUGCAGAGAUCAAGCGCGUCACCGACACUGUUUUGGGCGUCUCUUCGCAGUGUAUUCAAUCCAAGCACACUCGCGACCCUAAGAAGCAGUACUGCGCAAAUGUCUGCCUCAAGAUAAACGUCAAGCUUGGUGGCAUGAACUCCCAUCUUGCCCCCAACAUGCUGCCCUUCCUUACUAGCAAACCAACCAUCUUGUUUGGUGCAGACGUCUCUCAUCCUCCACCAGGUGACUCUGUACGUCCCUCUAUUGCCUCCCUGGUCGCCUCCAUGGAUGCCAACGCAUCUCGUUAUGCUGCAUCGGUCCGUGUCCAGAAUGCCAGAACAGAGAACAUGGUGGAUUUGAGUGACAUGGCGGUUGAGCUGCUGAAGACUUUCUUCCAGACUUGUGGAAGGAAACCAGAUCGCAUUUUGUUCUACCGUGAUGGUGUCUCGGAGGGUCAGUUUGCAGAAGUCUUGAAUACCGAGGUGAAGGCCAUCAAGACUGCAUGCACGCGUCUUGAGGCGACAUAUAAUCCUAAGAUUACAUUUGUUGUUGUCCAGAAGCGCCAUCAUGCACGCUUCUUCCCUAUGAAGCGUGAGGACGGUGACAGAGGCGGCAACUGCAAACCUGGAUUGGUGGUUGACACGGAUAUUGUACAUCCGUUUGAGUUCGACUUUUAUCUUCAAAGUCACGCUGGUCUCCUAGGUACCUCGCGUCCUGCUCACUAUUGUGUGCUACAUGACGAUAAUAAGUUCACAUCAGACGAACUGCAGGACUUUACAUACAAGAUCUGCCAUUUAUACGCACGAUGCACACGCACUGUAUCUAUGGUCCCGCCUGCAUACUACGCGCAUCUUGUUGCAGCACGCGCACGCUUCCAUUCUCGUAGUGAACAGUGGAGUGACAAUGCCUCGAGCGAGUCUAAUGCAGGUGAUGCAAGCUCCUAUCUUCCUGUCAAACCAGAACUACAGAAGGUUAUGUGGUUCAUGUAAGGCAAGCUUCACCUUAGUGUGCAAUCAAAGUCAUACAUCUAUAAAAUGAAUAUUUCCGUCAACAACUCAAUGUAGAACAAUAGCGGUAUUGCAAACACAAAGAUUAGCAACAGAAGAUAUUAAUCCAAAUGCAAAUGCAAAUGCAAAUGAAUAAAGAGAAUCUUAUUUCAGUAAGUAUCAAU